AUGCUGAAGCUGGUCAUGCUGGCAGUGAUCGCCGGCUGCUACGUUGGGUUUGGCUUUUCAAUCACCCUGCUGAUCGGCGGCAACAUUGGCAUGGACAUCCUGCAGCAGCGCCCCGGCUUGUUCAACCUCGUCUUGGGCUACCCCACAGCCUUCACCUUCAUCUUCAUCUGCGGCGGCGAGCUGUUCUCCAGCAACUGCGCCUACAUGGCCACAGCCUGGUGGGAGGGCCGCGCCACGGCCCUUGACUGCAUCAGGCUGUGGGUGACGUCCUGGGUCGGCAAUUUCGUGGGCACCGCCACCUUUGUGGCCUUGAUGGUGGUGUCUGGGGCGUUUGACGGGCGAGACGCGUACACCAUCUUCUUGGGCACCAGGAAGGCUCACCACAGCUUUGGCGGGUGCUUUGUGCUAGGCGUGCUGUGCAACUGGCUGGUCUGCAUUGCCUCGUGGCAGGCCAACGCGGCGCGAGACAUGACCGGAAAGUUUUUUGCAAUUUGCCUGCCCGUCAGCGCUUUCGUCAUGCUGGGCUGCGAGCACGUCGUUGCAGACAUGUACCUCCUGCCCCUUGCGAUUGCCCUGGGCCACCCCAGCCUGACUGCAUACGACCUGGCGGUUGGCACCCUGCUGCCCACCACCCUCGGCAACUGGUUCGGCGGCGCCGUCUGCGUCGCCACCGUCUACGCACUUGCUUAUGGCACCCCCAACAAGACGGUGACAGAGUGGGCGGCACGCAAGGGGACCAGCGCGUCGCCUGCACGAGGACCCACCAAUGGCGACGACUUUGCCCCGCAGCUGGGUGCGUGA